AUGCCCCCAACCGCAUAUACGAGACCUUAUCGUCAAGAGUAUUCAGAGCCAGCGGCUCAAGCGAAUGGACGCCGAUUACAGUUCAAGAAUUCUUUACCUCCUCGACCGUAUCAGAACUCGCGGACAAGCAUCAAGCAACAGGGAAAUAUGCAACAGCAGCAAUAUUUGCAAUAUCAGCAGCGUCAGCAAUAUCAACAACCUCAGCAAGCUUACAAUCAGAUACCUCCUCAAGCACCCCCACGCCGUCGACCACGAUCACAAACCUUACCAGAGCCUUUUUAUCAGUUCAUUGAAUCCGAUAUAACCGCAGAGCCACCCUUCGCUUUUAGAGGGGAACGUCAACCUUUCCCCGAGAACAGACCCCUUCCUAUCCCACCAUCUGGAUUUGUUCCACAAACCUUCGUGAUGCCUCCCGUAAAUUCUGAUCCCGCCGUUCCUUCCGGCCGGCUCUCACAACCACAAUUAUCACCGAUAGUCGAAACCGAUACGCCCAGAUACCAACGACGUCGGCAGCCGUAUCCACAUAAGAUGAGACAUUCUGCAUCACUUCCGAAUAUACGUUAUGUAGAGAUUAUGGAUGCGCCCCCGACGGCAGCGCCUUAUGAGGAACCGUCACCAACGUCAUCCAUGUUCGGACAUGCCGAGUCGUCUGUUGCAUCAUCACCACGAAGGGCACGGCCGAAAUCUUGGUCUUCACGGGGAAGUGGG